AUUGUUUAUUUAUAUUACAUUUGUUGUUGUUUAUUUACUGUUAUUUUUCGUACUUGGAAGGGGGGCGCUGCCUCAGUGGCAAAGUAAACCAAUACGUUGUUACAAUGGCAGCCUGUAGGCUACUGGCACACAACGCUGAUUGUAAUAAAACAAUCUUUUGUUAACAGAUAUGCGUCUUCCUCCCCCAAAAAAUCUAAAGAGUCAACUUUAACAAAAGAACUAAGACCAAAAGAAUAAACUUUGAACUAUUGUCAACCCAGAAAUUAGUUAUUUGAGUAUGAACUUACUAAGAUCCUCUUUUUUGAAAUGUAUAAACUAUUUUUUUUAUUAGCCAUAACAUUUUCUCAAUGUUAACCUAAUUUUGUGGUCAUAAAAUUAUAACAAUAAUAUUAAUUUAUGUUUUUAAACUAAUAACAUUUAUUGCGCAAUUGUACACUUCAGAGAGGUUAUGACCUUAAAAAGUGUUAGAAGUUUUUUCUCUAGAAUUGCAUAAUAUUGUAAACAAAUGGCUGGUGUGUUUUCGAGAGUAAUUACCUGUGGUGUUCGGAAUACAUUUGUUUCUCCAUUUACACAAGUGAAGGCAAGUCGUUUAUUUCAUGGUUUCAGCAAUGGAUCGAGAAAAAUCCUUAUUAAACCUCAUAAUUUUGGACUUGAAGUCAGAAACAUUAGCUGUACAUGCUAUUGCUUCUAAAAAUGCAGUGGCACAGAAGGCCGUUGGUUAUUGGUUGUUGGGAUGCGGUGGAAUGGUAUUUGGUGCUGUUGUUUUAGGGGGAGUAACAAGACUUACAGAAUCUGGACUCUCAAUGGUAACGUGGAAACUGUUUGGAGAAAAACCUCCUUUCAACCAAGCGGACUGGGAAAAAGAAUUUGAACUUUACAAACAGUUCCCUGAGUAUAAAAUGAAAAAUAUGGAUAUAACAUUAGAAGAAUUCAAAAGAAUUUGGUGGAUGGAAUAUGCUCACCGUAUGUGGGGAAGAUGUAUAGGUGCUGCUUUCUUAUUUCCAGCCACUUACUUUUGGACAAAAGGAUACUUCAGCUCUGCUAUGAAAAAACGAGUAUUUGCUUUUGGAUUACUGAUUGCUGCUCAAGGUUUAAUGGGAUGGUACAUGGUGAAAUCUGGCUUGGAAGACAGGUUUCCUACACAGAAUGAUGUGGUCAGAGUUUCUCAGUACCGACUUGCAAGUCAUCUCUCACUAGCUUUUAUUCUUUAUACUGCAUUUCUUUGGUCAGCACUUGAUCAUUUGAUUCCUGCACAGAAAUUGACCGAAAUCACCAAAAGUGCUAGAAGAUUUAGAGGGCUUGCACAUGCCUCUAAAGGACUUGUCUUUUUAACUGCAUUUUCAGGAGCAUUUGUAGCUGGAUUAGAUGCCGGCUUGGUUUAUAAUUCCUUCCCAAAAAUGGGAGAUAAAUGGAUACCAGAUGAAAUAUUAGCUUUAACACCUAAAAUUAGCAAUAUCACUGAAAAUCCAGUGACUGUACAAUUUGAUCAUAGAAUGCUUGGUAUUACAACUCUCAGUGUAAUUUCUGGUCUAUGGUUACUGUCUAGAAAGAGAACUCUUCCCCCGAGAGCUUACAAAGCUGCUAAUGCUUUAGCUAUUAUGGCUUGGACCCAGGUUCUUCUAGGAAUUACAGCACUGGUACAUUAUGUGCCAGUUUCUCUUGCAGCCUUGCAUCAGUCAGGAUCUUUGGUUCUUUUGUCAUUUGCUGUUUGGUUAACUCACGAAUUGAAAUAUGUGAAAAGGGUUGUUAAAUAAUCUUUCUGUGUUAGUAAUCUGAUACCUUUUAUAUUAGCUUUAAAAGUACGUAUAUAUUGUUGUGAUACUUAUGUUAAGAAUUUGUGUAUUAUGAAAUAGAUUUUUUCGUACUUAUUUUGUAAAGAAUAAUGUAAUGUUAUUAAAGAAACAUCAAAGUUAUUUGCAGUUGCAUUUUAAACAUUCAGAUUACUUAUUUGCCUUUCACUAUUUAGACAAUAGUGUAAAAAUUGAGAAAUUUUAUUUAUGUGAACUUGGUCAGAAAUUAAUAACCAUUAUUGCUCUUAAUUCCUUUUAUGUCUGUAGGGUUCCUCACACGUUAUAGUUUUAGUAACUCCACUUUAUUAUUGUCCUGACACUUCUGUUUUAUUUUUAUAUAUGAGAGAUUACUGGGUUCUGGAUCUAUUCGGUCAUCUAUUAUCCUUCAUCAUCACCUCUUGUUAAAGACAUAAUAAGAAGACCGGAAACCAUUUAAUAAGUUGGUGCAGUAGUGGUCGAGUGAGUUAAUGAGCCUCAUUAAUAAGUUGAUGAAACAGUACUCGAUAUUCAUGGACGUUAAAAUCAGCUUUAAAAAAAAUGACCAUUGGAUCUGACAUCGAUGGGAGUAAAUAACUAGAUCCAUCUAAAAUAUAAUUUAAAAAAAAAAAAACGAAUUAUUUUGAACUUCUCAACGUUUUGUUAUAUCUCUCUUAAAUGAUGUUGGAACGUUGUAAUAAAGUAAUCGAUUUUUCGAUGUUUUCAUAUCGAUAUUUUCCUCCAACAUUUGAAAAUCAAGAUGGAAAUGUCAUAGUUAAAAACAAAACAUAGUUUCUGUGCUGUUGUCAAUUUAGUUUUUCCUAGAAAGUAUUUAAUUAGGUUUUUAUCAAUGGAUUUCAAAAGUUUGCCUAUUGACUACGACCCAAACGAGUGUGAUAAAUAUUCAUCUGUUGUUCAAAGAUACUAUACUCCAAGAUAUUGCAUGAAUGUUACUCAGCCUGAUGAUGAUUACUGCAUUUUAAUACAUUCAAACCGUGUAUGCUUGAUAACUCUUGCACCAUCUCAUGUUUUGUUUAAAAAUAAAGACAUUUCUAGUGUUAGUUUCCAAGUAUCACAUGAUCUAAACAGACUGAAAAAUAAAGUUUCUGGAAAAUUGAAGCAUGGAGCACAAAGACUACAACCUUCAUCUACAAUAAUGUUAGUGACUUGUGCAGAUGGAAAUACUUAUUCUGUGAAGUGUGGCAUAUCAGGUAAAUUGUUGGAGGUAAAUGAACAGUUAUUACAAAAUCCUAAUUUAUUGAUUACCGAGCCCCAAGGCCGAGGAUACAUAGCAAUUGUUCUUCCUAAUAUUGCCCUAGCGCAGCAAUAUAAAGAUUCUUUGUUAGAUAAAUUACAGUACCAAGAAAAAUUGAAUAGUUGUUGAUUGUUAUUUUAAUAUUAGAGAAUUUUUGCUCAAAGACUCAUUGUAAAUCCCUCCUUUUUAAAACGUGUUACAGUUGCUGACUAAUUAAUAAAAAUGGUUGCAUAAUGUUUUACUGAAUUUUUAAUUGUUUGAAGUUAUUAUUAUUGAUUUUUUGUUACAUAUAUUUUAAAAUAAUACAUAAAAAUUUGAUUAUUGUUAUUAUUAUAACUUCCAUCACUCAUCAUAGCCAUUAUAUCAAAAUUUAAUUUUAUAUUACAUAAGAGGUGCCACAUCAAUUUGAGUUGGAGCAGAUCAAUCAUGUUAUAUAUUGAACUCCGAAAAUAACAAAGUGUCGACAAAUGUAUUCAUGAAUGGCCUCACUUAAGGGACUAACAAAUCUCUUGCAUCAUUUCAGAUGAGAUUAAGGGUCUUCUUUAUCACGUUCUGUAACUUGGAAAUGAGUUCCCAAAGAGGAAAAACCCAUAGAAUCAAAGUUGUAGAGCAUCAAAUUUUGCGUCAACUGAGUACCAACUAAUUUAAUAUAGGUCACUUGCUGCGAAUAAAGUCGGUAAUCUCCCGAUGGGUAGAAAUUGGUUAUGAAGGUAAACGUGAUUUUCAAUAUUUCAACAGUAUGGUUUAUUUUUGUUUUGAGCCUGUUAGAUGCAGUAUAAGCCUCUUUUCCACCUCUCAACAGCAAAGGAUUUGGUAAAUGAUGUGUCGAAAGAUACCGAAUUUUAUUAAGGAAUAAUAAAUCCCGAUUCGAGAUACAUAAUUGGCCUACAAUAAUAAAGUCAGUAGUCAGUAGACACAAAGUUUGAUGCUCUACAACUUAUAUUCUAUGGGUUUUUUCUCUUAGGGAACUCAUUUCCAAGUUUCAGAGCCAUUUAUAGUAAUUUGUCUCAGUUUUUGACAAAUUUGGUAAAAAUCAGCGUUGGUUGACCAUACCACGUAACCAAAUUUUAAAGUUUAUAUACUCGUUUGACACAAAAUUUAACGUUCUUUAAUAAAUAAAAGAAUACAUUUUUCGCUUUGAUGCAUCGUUCAGGAGUUAUAGGUGAAAAACCCAAAAAUCUGACUUUUUUGGCUGUUAAAAGUUUUCCCUUGGUGGCCCGUGUUAGCAAUUUUGUUUUUUACAUGUCUAAACCCAUAUAUACAAGUUAAAAAAAUUAAAACUUUUCUCAUAUUUUUCACUAUGGAUUUUCCAUUUCGAUCCUCAAAUUAUUGGCCUAAUAUUCUUUAAAUCAGCUGCCAUUUUUG